AUGUCGCAAGAGAGUCUCAGCCCUACCGUUUCGUCUGCCGGCUUCUCUACUUUUGCCGAGGCAAAAUUAUGCAUGGAGGCGACGCUCGCAAGCUACCAAGCGUUAAACACCGGCGACGAUACGAAAAAGUUCCUUGAGACUUGCUUCAAAUACCUCCCCCCGGCUGGACAGGUCAAUUUGUCAGAGGAUGUUUCCGGCUGCCGCAACGAUGAUGAACUCCGCCAGCUAGCCGCCAGCAUUGAUACCGGCUUGCUACGCCCUCUGCUGUCUAAGGGUGGAAAGACGCCUGUCAUCACUCCAUCCCCCCGUACCGGCUUUGACAAUUCGGCUGAAAAUCUUAACUCCCUCGAUAUCACACCAGCAAGUCGAAAUGACCAAGGACGACUUCGCCGGAACUGCCUUAGACGCGAUGGAUAUCGGUGUACUAUUACGAAGAGCUGGAGCUCUUAUCACGACUUCCCCGUUGGCGAACCAACCGGCAUUUUACAAGCUGUUCAUAUUCUUCCGUUCGCUCUUGGCAGUUUCACGAAUGACGAUGAAAGACGGCGAACCUCUGAGGUGUGGGUAAACAUUUUUCGUUACUUUCCAAGCCUCCGCUCUACCCUUGAUAUGUCACCUGAAGAUGUGAAUCGAGAGGAUAAUAUCAUGAUGAUGCUUACUCCCCUUCAUGAAGAGUUCGGUCUCUUCCACUUUGUUCUUGAGGACACUCCGACCCUUGAUCGCUACCGUCUCAAACUAUUUCCACGCUUCGCAUCUAUUUACACAUCCUUAUUACCCAGAGACAGGGUUAUAACAUUGACUAGCCACGACCCUCUCUUUCAUCUUCCUAGAGCUGAGCACUUACAGUUACAUGCUGCCAUUGGCAACAUCUUGCAUGCAAGUGGCCGUGCAGAAAGCAUUGAAAAGCUUAUACGGGAUCUAGGAGAGACAGGCGGUUCAGCAUUAUCAAAAGAUGGCAGUACGAACAUCAGCGAUCUGCUCUCGGUCAGUCAUCUUUCACUGCUAGCCUCGAAUUCGCGCCCAACAGACAGUAAGGUGCAGCAGCAACGUGCCCGCGCCAGACUGCCAGGAACAGAGAAUGAGAAACCUAAAUUGGGUUAG